GUGUCCCUUUUACGGUUAAUACCAUAACAAUUUUUCCAAAAAUUAAAUCACUUAUCAGUCGUUACUUGCGUCCAAAUGUAGUACAAUUUUUGGUUGGUCAAAUGAAGGAAAGUGUAUUUUACAUUUCAUUCUGUUCUAAUAUUGAGGAAAUUCAAAACAUGCCUAUGAAUAAGCCAUCUGAGAGUGAUAAUUUUGAAAACGAACCAGAUUGUGUAUUUUUAUGUGCUCAAUUUCUUCUUCAGCAAUUGGAUUGUUCUAAUAUUAAAGAGGCAGCACGAUUCAACAUGCAGCUUAUUAAUAUGCGAUGGAUCCCUAAAAUAUAUCAAAAUGAUGUAAUAACAGAACUUGAUUAUUAUGGACAACGAUUUGUGAAUGACAUUGUAGCUUCUGAUGAAGAUCAAGAACUAAAUUAUAAUCAGCAUUUUAAAUGGCUCCAGCCAUUAAAUAAUAAUAAUGAUAAUGAGCAAUCUACCCAGGACGCAGGCUUUAUAAAUGAACAGCUAAGUCAACAAGUAGAUAGUUCAGAAGACAAGGAUUCAGAUAAAGAGAAUACUCUUCCAAAUAUCAAACUUAGAAAUCCAAAGAAGAUCAUUACUAGAGGGCGACCAAAACUAUCUAGCCACU